CGCCCACGGUGCUAGCCUGAGGUCUGAGCUAGGCAGAAAGCUGGCGGCCUCUGCUGAAAAGUCCACGGCACUGUCUCCCGCUCUUUGUUAUUCACUGCUCCGGCAGGGACCAGAUGGUCCCUAGACACUCUUGAACUGGACUUUUAAGGUCUACUGGCAACCUGAGUCCAUGGAGACCUGGCGGAAAGGCUCCUUCCGCAAUGCCUCCUUCUUCAAGAGACUGAGCCUGGGACGGCCUCGGCGACUCCGGCGGCAGGGCAGUGUGCUGAGCCAGGCCAGCACGGCCGGCGGGGACCAUGAGGAGUACAGCAACAGAGAGGUGGUCCGGGAGCUUCGAGGGAGGCCGGAUGGCCGGCGCCUGCCUUUGUGGGGAGACGAGCAACCCCGGGCCACGCUUCUGGCCCCACCCAAGCCCCCGCGCCUCUACCGAGAGAGCUCCAGCUGCCCCAACAUCCUGGAGCCCCCAUCUGCCUACUCGGCUACCCUGUCAUCGGCACUCUCCCUGGCGGGCCCCCUCCAUGAAUACUCUGAGGAGGACCUUUCGGAUACUCCCCCCUUCCAGAGGGCACCUGCUGCGGACCUUAAUGACCCCUUCUUCUCCUUCAAAGUGGACCUGGGGAUUUCACUUCUUGAGGAAGUUCUACAGAUGCUGAGGGAGCAAUUUCCCAGUGAGCCCAGCCUCUGAAUGGGGUGAGGGUGGGCAGAGGUGUGGGGACUGGAAGAACGAAAAACCUCAGUACCCGGGAAAGGAAGGUACAGUCACAGAUUAAGAAAAAGGUGGGGUUCUGGCUGGUGUGGCUAAGUGGAUCAAGUGCCAGCCAGUGAACCAGGGGUCACUGGUUCGGUUCCCAGUCUAGGGCACAUGCUUGGGUUGCAGGUCAGACCCCCAGUGCGGGCGGGAGGAGGUGCGUGAAAAACACAUUGAUGAUGCUUCUCUCCCUUCUUCCCUUCCCCUCUCUAAAAAAGGAAUAAAAUCGUUAAAAGAAAGAAAAAGGUAGGGCUAGUAAUCCAGGGCCCUGCCUGCCCUCUGGGUCCUCAACAGUCCUCCAGAUCACCCCAGAGUGGAAGGACAGAUGCACAGAGGCAAGCUGGAAAGGCUGUGAGCCCUGAAGGCAGCUGGCUGGGCUGGGAAAGGGAGGCCGGGCCUGCAAGUCCAGGGACCACGCAGAGGCCAGCACAGGGGGUGGGCGGCACAGGGGAUGAGUCAGAGAAAGGAGGACACAUGGGCUGGACAGAUCAGAUGGGCGAUACCCUGCCACAGCCACCUGUGAAGCUACUGUCAACAGAGAGAGGCUACAGGACAGGUCUAGGCAAAAGCAGUCCAAAUCAGGCCUAAGAAGGAAGUGAGGGAGACCAGAGGGGAGAGGGAUGAGACAGGCUUGACUGUGUCCAAUGUGGAAGCCACUAGCUAUAAUCAGCUGUUCACAUUUAAAUAACUGAAACUAAAUAAAAUUAAAAAUUUAGUUCCUCAGCCGCACUGGCUACCAUUUCAAAGGGUCGACAGCCACACCCAGCUAAGGGCUACCACACUGGGCUGUGGAGGGCGAACAUCGACAUCCCUGGAAGAAGCCGCGUCGGACAGUGCUGGCCUGGAGCACGGCCCGCGGCUGGCAGGGGCAUGGUGGGCGAGGGUGGAAACUCGGAGGCCUGCAACGGGAGGGAGGGGCUGGCAGCUGGGAAGAGCGAGGCAGGUAUACAUAGACUAUCACUUAGGGAAAAGGCCACCCAAGUCAUUCGCAGCGAAGGGGCCCCAAGAGGCCCAAGCUGCCAACACAGCAGCCCAGAGCGGCCCCUGACGCCUGAGGAGGGUGGCUCUGGGGACUGUUAGCUGACGGCACGGACACAGCUCUGAAGGGCUGCUCUGGGGAGUUCCCAGAAUUAUUUCUGAUGGGAUCCCUUGGGAAAUGCAGUAAGAACAGCGGCAGAUUUCCCUCCCUCCAUCCGGCCCCCGACGAGAACAUAGGAGGACUGGACAGGAAACUCAU